AUGGAUGGAUCUUCUUCAUCCUCGCUGCAGUACGGAUCAAAAAAGCGGGUUAAGGUUCACCCAAACACAGUCACAGUAAAAUAUGCCACUCACUUCCCCCAACCUGGCGAUGAAGGGUAUGAUGAUGCACCCUCUUUUGAAGACUUUGGCGCCUUUGCAGAAGCUAAUACAGGAAAGAGACUUGUGUCAGACAGCAAAGGUGGCAGGACUUUCUUUGGUACCAUGGAAACCGCACCUAAGCAGCCAAGCGUGCAGAAAGACAAGGGGGUUGGGGGCCAGCUGGCCAGCUUUGGUGAGGCGAAUGUGUUGGCCUCCAGGGUGACUUGGAUGGCCUUGUUUGGGGCAGCGGUGGCUCACGGUUGUGUGGCACUGAUCACCCGUUUAGCAGCCGACCGCUCUAAAGUGCCCUCCCUUGAGCUGCUCUUCAUUCGCUCUGUGAUCCAAGUGCUGUCCAUCCUGGUGGUCUUCUACUACCACGAGGCCCCCUUUGGCCCUAAGGGCUACCGACUACGUCUCUUCUUCUACGGCGUCUGCAACGUUAUCUCAAUCACCUGCGCCUACACCUCCUUUGCCAUAGUACCACCCAGUAAUGGCACCAUCAUGUGGCGUGCCUCCACCACAGUCUUCAGUGCAAUACUUGCCUUCCUGCUGCUGGAUGAGAGGCUGGGCUACACAGAUGUGGUCACAGUGGUGGGAAGCGUGUUUGGUCUGUGCCUGGUCAUGGUGCCAAAUGUAGCUGAUGAGGAGAAGUCCAGGCUGGGGUUUUGGAAGGAGGCCUUUGGCUACACAAUGACAGUGAUGGCCGGCUUGACUGCCGCCCUCUCCAUGAUCGUCUACAGGGCCAUCAAGGAGCGUGUCAGCAUGUGGACGGCACUCUUUACCUUCGGCUGGACGGGCACAGUGUGGGGUGCCUCCACCAUGUUUGUCAUGCAGGAGCCCAUCAUUCCUCUAGAUGGGGAGACCUGGGGCUAUUUAAUUGGGAUCUGUAUCUGCUCCACCGUGGCAUUCCUUGGAGUCUACUAUGCUCUAAACAAGUUUCAUCCAGCCUUAGUUAGCACCGUGCAACACCUAGAGAUCGUGGUUGCCAUGUUCCUCCAGCUCAUUGUUCUGAGGAUGAUCCCGUCUGUCUAUGACGUCAUUGGAGGCCUGGUCAUUAUGAUCAGUGUGUUCACCCUGACAGGAGUGAAGCUGUACAGGGUGAGCAGGGCCAUUCGGCAGGAUUACCAAGAAAUCCUAGACUCACCCAUCAAAUGA